CUUCUCUCCAUCCACUAUCCUCAUCAGCUCACCUCCUCCUCCUCCUCCUCUCUAUUCUCUUCAUCCUCUCUCCCCGCUCUCCGUAACACACUCUUCAGUCACGCAGACCAACCUCUCUGCACUCUGCUCGCUCUGAUAGCUCUCCUCAACACCAUAGCACUGGGCUUGGCGCCUACAAACCUCCACCCCCCUCCACCCGAUCCCCACCCAUCCCCUCCCAUCACCAUCCACUGCUCUACCACCCCCAACCACCCUCGCCAUGUCUAACCCGCCACCAUCCGGGUCAGGCGCGUGGGCCAAGGCCGAUCCGGCAGCGUAUCGGCCGCUCAACGUGCGCGAUGCGCUGAGCUAUCUUGAUCAAGUCAAGAUCCAAUUCGCAGACCAGCCAGAGGUUUACAACCGCUUUCUGGACGUGAUGAAGGAGUUUAAAGGCCAGGUGAUUGAUACACCUGGCGUCAUCGACCGGGUGUCAACGCUCUUCCGCGGGCAUCCAUCACUCAUUCAAGGUUUCAACACCUUCCUGCCUCCCGGCUACAGAAUCGAGUGCUUUGGCCCCGAGGGCGAUGCCCACGGUGUCAUCACCGUCACAACCCCCACCGGCACCGUCUCCCAGGUGCCGGGUGGCGGUGGCCUCGCCGCCGCCAUGGAGCGCAACGAGCGCGAGCGCGAGAUGGCCCACCUCGCUGCCCAGCAGUCCGAGCGCGAGAUGCCUGGUCACCCUGGGUACAGUGGUGCUCCGCCUCCCCAGCCGCACCCGUACGGCCGCGAGGCCCCUCGCGCCGAGCCCCUCGUUUCGCGCGCUCAGCCUCCCCUGCCGCCCCAGCCUGCGGCGGCUCCGCGUCCACCUCCCCCAUCUUCGGUGCCAAUGCCCCCGCAGCACCCAAUGCCUGCCUCCGGACCCUCCACCCCAGGCGCGGGUCCGUACCAGCCCGGCCAGCCGCAGCAGUCCGCCGCACAGCAGCAGCGCGGCACGCCCAUGCUCGAGUUCAACCAUGCCAUCUCGUUCGUGAACAAGAUCAAGAACCGCUUCAACUCUGAGCCUGAGACAUACAAGAACUUCCUCGAGAUCUUGCAGACGUAUCACCGCGAUCAGCGCAUCGAGGAGGUGUACGAGCAGGUCAUCGAGCUGUUCAAGAACGCCCCAGACCUGUUGGCCGAGUUCAAGCAGUUUCUUCCCGAGAGUGGCGGCGGGCUAGGCUUCGGCUCGUUCGUGCAGGCUGCGGCUGGCUCAACAGCUCCCACCGCUGGCCAGAAGCGUAAAGAUACCAAAGACCCCGCGGCUACCAAGAAGCGCCGCCAGGACAAGGCAGCGGCUCAGAAGAAGAAGAAGGAGGCGUCGCCGGAGGCCGACGAGCCCACCGUCGGCUCACAGGCGCUGCAGACCCUCGCGUCGCCGGAGGAGGUUGCCUUCUUCGACAAGGUGAAGAAGUAUAUCGACGACAAGGUUACGUACCACGAGUUCCUCAAGCUCCUGAACCUUUUCACGCAGGACAUUGUCGACGCAAAGACACUGCUCGAGCGCGCCAAGCUCUUCAUCGGCGACGCUGGUGACAUCUGGACCUCCUUCAAGAAGAUGGUUGGAGCCGACGACGUUGGAAACAGCAACAUCAACCACGCGACUCAAGCCCAGGGAGGUUUCGGCUUUGGCGGCAUGGUCAACAUUGACAACCGCAUGUCUGAGAACACGCCAAUGCUUGAGCGCGUCAAGCCCGACUUUUCGACCUCACGUGCUAAAGCCUACGGUCCGAGCUAUCGCAAGCUUCCCACGACUGAGAUCAACCUGAAUUGCACUGGCCGCGAUGCCAUGUGCUGGGAGGUGCUCAACGACGAGUGGGCGUCGCACCCGACGUGGGCGGCCGAAGAUGCUGCGCCGUUCCUGGCGCACCGCAAGAACGCGUACGAGGAGGCUCUUCACAAGUCGGAGGAGGAGCGUCACGAGUACGACUUCCACAUCGAGGCCAACCUGCGCACGAUUGCGCUGCUUGAGCCUCUCUACAACAAGAUUCAGAGCAUGGACGAGGAGGAGCGUCGUCACUUCAACCUCAAGUCGGGCCUCGGCGGACACAGCAGAUCAAUCUACCAGCGUAUCCUCAAGAAGGUCUACGGCAAGGAGCUUGGCCCGGACAUUAUCAAGGCGCUGCACGAAAACCCAGUUAUAGCUCUUCCUAUCGUGCUCGAGCGCCUCAAGGCUAAGGAUGACGAGUGGAAGAAGGCUCAGCGCGAGUGGAAUCGUGUCUGGCGUGAGCAGGACGCCAAGAACUUCUACAAGGCGCUUGAUCACCAGGGCGUUACUUUCAAGUCGCAGGACAAGAAGACCAUUGCGCCCAAGACGAUCAUUGCCGAGAUCGAGGCACGCCGCCGCGAACAGGUCAACGCCCGCAACGCGAUGGCGCAGCCCGGAGCGCAGCCGCGGCCACGCCACCAGUAUGCGUUUGAGUUCAAGGACGUCGAAGUGCUCAAGGACGCACUCAAGCUUGUGUUCGGUUUCCUCGACCGCAUGGCCACGAUCAACCAGAAUGACAAGGAGCGCAUCGAGCAGCAGCUCCGUGACUUCAUCCCAACCUUCUUCAUGUUUGACAAGGAAGAGUUUGACGACUUUGGCGAUGCCGCCGACUCGGACGAGAGCUCUGAAUCCGACGGCGACCAGGGCAUGGGCGAGGACAAUGGGCGGACGAGGAAGGGCCAGCCUUCGUUGCGUCAGAAGCUGCUCAAGGAGGCUGCCGCCAAGAAUCGCGAGGACACUGGCACGCCCGCUCCGGGCGACGCACAAAGCGACGGCACCGACAACGCCGACAUGGCCGUUGACGACGAGGACAAGGUGUCUGAGGACCCGACAUGGGCACCAUUCCUCGAGUCGGAGGAGCAGGCUAACCUGGACGCGGGCCCGCAGCCUAAGCGCCAGCGCGCAGCGAACUUUUUCGCGAACAACCACUUCUUCAUCCUCGUUCGGCUCAUCCAGAUUCUCUACUCGCGCCUUCUGCUGUGCAAGACGAUUGCUGCCGAUCUUGCUGCGCAGAAGAAGCAGCCCAUCAACCCGGAGGCCAUCAAGCUUGGCCUCGCCGAGCCUGAGACGCAGAACCUUGGUGUGGAGAACGGCGAGAACCCAGCUCGCCACUACUACGACCACCUGCUUGCUCUGUGCGAGCGGCUGUUCGACCAGGAUAUCGACCAGGCGACUUUCGAGGAGACAUUGCGCCUCAUGUUUAGCAACAAGGCGUACAUCAUGUUCACGGUCGACCGGCUAGUCAGUGCAAUUGUCAAGCAGACGCAGCAGAUUGUUGGCGACAACAAGAGCCAGGAGCUGCUCAAGCUUCUCGUUGCGGACAGGCGACACGAGCGCACCACUACUCGUCAGCAGGUGGCGUACCGGAUGAAGGCUGAGAGCGUUCUCGGUCCUGAGGAGACCCGGGAGAACAUGUACCGCAUCGAGUAUGUGCCGCGCACCGAAACGGUGGCGGUGCAGCUCAUCAAGACCGAGGAUCUGACGGUGGACGCCAAGAACGCCGUCGAGUCGUGGAACUUCUACAUGUCGUCUUAUCCCCUUAUCUACCCGACCGAGGGACUUCCUCACCGCGUCGAGCAGCCGUUCCUCAAGCGUACGCUGCAGGAUCUGCCAGCGGAUGGGACGGUGUUCUCCGAAAGCUCUGGGCUCAAGUUCCGCGUCGCGCUUGGCAACUACCGCCUGUUCUAUGUGCCCGGUACGGAAGACUACUUCCACCGUGCGAGCGGUGAGGAGGAGGAGCCGAACCAUGAUGCCGCCAAGAAGCGCCUCGACGAGUGGGUGCAGAGCAAGCUUGACGAGCCUGAGGACGAGGAGGAGGCUGAGCCGGCGGACGUUGCUGCUGCUGCUGCCGCCCCCGCUGCCCAGGUGACGGAUGAGUAGACAUGGAUCCCCGCGCUGUUGUAUUAUGUCUCCUGUCAUAUCUUCUGUCAUAUACCCAUAUGUCCAGUUAUGGUGCA